AUGAAGGGGAGCUUACUCAUUGUUUUUGUCGCCCUGUUAACGUCUUCCUUCUGCUUCCUUCUUAAGGAGAAGAGUGGUUUAUUAGGGUUCACGAGGAACAACUCCAUCGGGGGGAGAGCAGUUAAGGGUCGGGGUAUUGGAAGGAAGUUCAGAACUAGAUGGAGGGAACAGCAGGUGUGUGACAAUGGGGGGGAGCUCCAAGAGGGAGUUGUGGCUACGCACGACAGUGGUAGUGAACUUAUGCAGGGGGAGUCCCUAGGUCAAGGACCUCCCAAAGAGGAAACUCCCGAUCCGAAAAGGAAGAAAUUUCUGAAUGCGCAGAAAGAAGACGAGUACUACCACCUGUAUCUGCACCACAUAUACAAAAAGGUAAAACUUAUUAAGAAACAAAAGUAUUUGUACAACCCUACCAAGUACGAAUCUGUAAGAUCCUAUAUCAAGAGGGAGUUGAAAGAAUGCCUCGAUUUAAACACAGCCGCGUAUCUGUUCAAGGCAACUGAAUAUUAUGCGAAGGGCAUGUUGGAUGUCUCUGUGUAUGUCAGCGAAGUGGUGAACCUCCUCAGUUUCUUCACUUUUAACGAUAAGUGCAAUUUGGAGGGUGAUGAGCGGGGUGGCGAGAGUGUAGGUGUAACUGGCGAGAGUGUAGGUGUAACUGGCGAGGGCGAUGUGGGUGAUGAGCAGGUGGUGGUGGAUGCCAACACGGAGCAGAUCCUCAAGGGAAAUGUGAAGAAGGGGAAAACGAAAAUAAGCAAGCUAAUGCAGAAAGACGAGAAGUACAAAUCCUUCUGCUUGUUCUUCACCCGGCUAGUAGACUCGGUAAGUGGGUUGUUCUGUUGCAUUGGAAAAAGAAGCAAAAGAGAAGAAAUUAUCACCUACCUAAAGAAGUCCAACUUAACGAACAAGUGGCACAAUUACACUGCGGAUGACCUAAAAUUGGAUACCAAUUUUAUGAUAUACGUAAUUAGGCUGAUGAAAUAUAAGGAUGCCAAUUACCUGUGCUCCUUGAGACGCCUGAAGGAGUACACGGUGGAACAAAUCAAGGAUAUAUUCCUCCGCUGUAUGCGAGACGGUUUGCUUGAUUUGGAUUACUUGAUCAUUCUGCAGUCGGAGUUCUUGGCCCGCGAAAGUUACACAGGGGAAGUGGCUUCUAGCAUCUUUGCUCCGUCAAAGGAAGGUGGUGGUAUCUCCAAGGUGGAAACACAAAUUAAGCACGAGCAUCUGCGGAAGUUAGAGCAGAAUUAUGAAGCACUCCUCAAGAAGUACACCUCCAAAGAGAAGGAGGAGAAAAGGGGCAAGCUCAGUGAGGAUCAAAUUAAAAAUAUCAUUAACGAUAUUUUAGAUAGAAAUUUAUUUCUUUCUAAGGGAGGUUUAGACAAGAAAGAUAAAAUGCAUACUAAAAUGAAUACUAAAAAAAAAAAAAAAAAAAACAACCAAGCUGAGGAAAACUUAAUCCGCAUGGACCUACAUGAAGUGGAAGUAGAGCGAUUACAAGAGGUAAUUAAAAAGUGGUGUGGUGACGCCACGAUGAGUAUGAAUAAUUAUAAGAGUGUAAUAAAGCGUAUGAACAAGAUCCUCGAUUUACACAACGUGAAUGUUGUUAUUCAUUUGAAGAACCGCAAGGAUAACGAAGUCGUACAGGCAGAAACGCAGGAAGGUACCCAGAAAGUCGGAGCUAACUGUAGUGACACUGUGGAUGACGCCUUUACCGUUAGGGACAUACGAAGUAGUAGAGAUAGGAAAGGAGGAGAAAUGGAAUAUGUGGACAAGAAAGUCGAUCUGUCAGAUAUCUCCCUCUCAAAAUUGAAGAAAUACAUAACAUACAGAAAGGAACUGGAAAUGAAAAAAAAAAAUGAAGAAAAUAUAGUAAAUGAGAAAGAUGGUGGAAGGAAAUGUAGCAAGGCGAAUCCAGAGGGUUCGUCCAAAAGAGACCAGGAUGUUCUGAAAUACUUCGACGUGACGCAAAAACAAGAUUCGGUUAUUUUUGAAAUGAACGAUUUUAUUUUAGAAAGGGAGAAUUCUUUGGCACCUUUCCCGCAGGGGGGGCAACCCGUUGUGGGGGCUUUUCCGGGGGAAGUGCCAAGGGAGUUGGAACACGGGGAGGAAGACAAUCUCGAGGGCGAAUGGGAUGACAACCUUUUCCCAGAGGAGGAAGACCAGGACGAUGAAGAAGUGGGAGAGGAAAGUGAAGUAGAUGUGGAGGAAGAAGAAACUGUUAAAGGAGAAGAAGUGAACAAUGACGAUGGUCAUGACUAUAGUGAUGUAGAUGAUCUCUUCCCGGAGGACGAUGAUGAAAGUGAUGAGGAUGAGAGAGAGGAAGGUGAAGUGCAGAAAGAUGACGACGAUGAUGAGGAUGACGACGAUGAGGACGAUGAUGACAAUGACGAUGGUGACGACGAUGAGGAAAUGCCCCCUCGAGCGAAGAAGGCAAAAAUCAACAAGCACAACAACAGCAUAGCGGAGAAGCUGCGGAUGCAUCUGCACACACGAGGGAGUACCAAAAGUAAGCACACUUUUGAAAAUGUGUUUCCAAGAAACUUCGAAGAGAAAAUGGAUCUUCUGAUGGUUAUAUUGAAGGAGGAGGACAAGGAGAAAAAGAAGGUGAUCGUGUGUGCGGAUGAGGAAGAGAGGAACAUGAUUCGGAUGAAGUGCACAUUGGAGGGAGUCGAAUAUGAACAGAUUAUUAGCGUGCUAAAGAAUAUAAAGAGGUACAUAGAAAAGGGGGGCAAUUUACGCAACGUAUGUUUCGUUUUGAUGGACGAGAUGGCGAGCACACUGGAGCUCCGCAGAGUAUGCAGUGGAUUGUCCGAAAGGGGUGAUGUCAUCAGCGAUGAAAAGAAAGGCAAAGAAAUUGGAAGCAAAAAUGGCAAGGGUGACGAACACAGUGAUCAUGGUAGCCUCAGCGACGGAGAUAGCGAACGUGGCGUCCAGAAUGGCGUGACCAUCUACCAUUUUGCAAAGGAAACCCCCAAGGCAAUUGCCUUGAAAAAGCUCUUCCACACGAUUGUUAACGGAGAAGAUAAUAUUAUGCUUUACCUGAAGAGCAGGAAGGACGGGGGUGACAGAACCCGCCAAGCGGCUAAAGAGAGGAAAAACAACCAGACGGGCAAAAGAAAUCACAGUGAUGUCUUCGUCCCUUACCGGAAGAGGGUUCGCAAGAAGAAGCUUUCCAAGAGCGAGGAGAAGUGGUUGGCCUUCAGAAGAAGGACGCUGAAAAAAAUCGACGAGAUGAAGCAAAAGGCGCAUCUAAUUAAGAUGCGGAAAAUGAAAAAACGGGAUCAAAAGGUCCAAAGGGUCAUUACCAAGUUGAAGUCCCGGUCCAAGUUGAAGUCCCGGUCCAAGUUGAAGUCGCGGUUGAAGCCGAACAAAGUGGCAACAAAAAAAAAGUAA